UCGGUCCCCGGCUCCACCCUAUCAUGUGGCCGGCCCGGCUCCGCCUCUGCUCUAGUUCCUGUUUCGGCCUCCGCUGUCCUGCUCCGGCCCCUGGGACUCCCCGCAGACGCUUCUCUUCCUGCUCCGCUGGGGCCGCCUCUUCCUGGGCGCCCUCCUCCUGCAUCCUGCUCGCCCUGCUGGGGGAUGGGGCCGCCCCCGGGCUUGGGCCGGCCCCACUGGGGCCCCCGAGGCGCCUCGACCCCGCAGUGACAGCCCGGCCCGCCUGGUGCCACCGUCCCCAGGAUGAAGGGCGGCGAGGGGGACGCAGGCGAGCAGGCCCCGCUGAACCCGGAGGCCGAGAGUCCUGCGGGCUCGGCCACGUACCGGGAGUUCGUGCACCGCGGUUACCUGGACCUCAUGGGGGCCAGUCAGCACUCGCUGCGGGCGCUCAGCUGGCGCCGUCUCUACCUCAGCCGGGCCAAGCUCAAAGCCUCCAGCCGCACGUCUGCCCUGCUCUCGGGCUUCGCCAUGGUGGCCAUGGUGGAGGUGCAGCUGGAGAGCGACCACCAGUACCCGCCAGGCCUGCUGGUGGCCUUCAGUGCCUGCACCACCGUGCUGGUAGCUGUGCACCUCUUUGCACUCAUGGUCUCUACAUGUCUGCUGCCCCACAUUGAAGCCGUGAGCAACAUCCACAACCUCAACUCUGUCCAUCAGUCACCACAUCAGAGACUGCACCGCUACGUGGAGCUGGCCUGGGGUUUCUCCACUGCCCUGGGCACCUUUCUCUUCCUCGCUGAGGUUGUCCUGGUUGGUUGGGUCAAGUUUGUGCCCAUUGGGGCUCCCUUGGACACACCGACCCCCAUGGUACCCACAUCCCGGGUGCCCGUGACUCUGGCACCAGUGGCCACCUCCCUUAGUCCAGCUUCCAAUCUCCCAUCAUCCUCUGCAUCCGUAGCACCAUCCCAGGCUGAAUCAGUCUGCCCGCCCCGGCAAGCCUGCGGUGGUGGGGGGGGGCAUGGGCCAGGCUGGCAAGCAGCCAUGGCUUCCACAGCCAUCAUGGUACCUGUGGGGCUUGUGUUUGUGGCCUUUGCCCUGCAUUUCUACCGCUCCUUAGUGGCACACAAGACCGACCGCUACAAGCAGGAGCUGGAAGAGCUGAAUCGCCUGCAGGGGGAGCUGCAGGCUGUGUGAGGCUGGUGUUAGUCACCGCAGCAAGCACUGCCUCUCUGCCGGGUCCGCUAGAGGCCCCAGGGGCCUACAGACCUCAUUCCUCCCAUCCCCCGGCUGGAGCCACUUCCAGUGGCCACUCUCAGGUAGAGGUCAGAUUCCUGCCUGCAGGGUCCUUUGGGCCUUGGGACAGCUCCCACAUUCCCAGGGAUUUUCCCCAUCAGUCUGUCCCUUGGGUUUUACAAGCUACUCUGUGCCUGGGCUGGCCUCAGUUGAAGGGUCAUGCAGUAGAUAGGGGAGAGGCAGGGAGACCUUGUGGGACCUUCGGUUGUGACCUCAGCCACCAUUUCCAUUCCUAUACAGGAUGUGAAGGUCAGAAGGCAGCCAGCCCAUGCUUUAAUUUUUUUUUUUUUUUUUUUUUUU